AUGAAGAGCUGGAUCCUUCUUCUGGGGGCAGGGAUAGCCCUGGGCUACCUGUACACGGCCCCUGACUCCUGCCAGGGCCGCUGCCAGGAGCCCUACAACGAGGAGGACGAGUGCCACUGCCACCCCGGGUGCCAGAGGUCCCACAGCUGCUGCCAGGACUACCACAAGCACUGUGGAGAAGGGGCCGAGGAGGCAGCUCGCAGCCGUGAUGGUUUCUCCAGCAGCCGAGACGCCAUCACCGACGAGGACCUCCUGGACCUCUCGGAGCAGCUUUACCAGGCAGAUCACAACAAAGCCCAUCCCACUGACAUCACCCUCAACCCCCAGCACCAGGCCACCCCCCAGGAGACGGGCGACCAGGAGGACCACUCCCCACAGCCGCUCUACAAAUAUGUCAAUGAGGAGCUCUUCUCCAAACCCACCUAUGCCAGCUUCAUUAAACUGCUGGACAACUACCAGAGGGCGACUGGGAGGGAGGAGGAUGUGACAACGGAGGAGCUGAGGGAGCAGGACAACUUCCUCAAGGAGGUGAUGAAGACAGAGCUCAUGAAGAAACUCUUGGCUUUCCUCCACAAAAAAAACCGCUACGGCUCCCAGCAGGAGUUUGUGGCUGAUUUGAAGGAGAUGUGGUUUGGCCUCUACUCCCGAGGUGAUGGAGAGCAGGACUCCAGUGGCUUCGAGCACGUCUUCUCAGGGGAGGUGAAGAAAGGGAAAGUGUCAGGAUUUCACAACUGGAUCCGUUUCUACCUGCUGGAGAAGAAGGGAGCUGUCAACUACUUCAGCCACAACUUCGAUGGGCCGUGGGACACCUACCCCGACGUGCUGGGGCUGCAGUUCAGCUGGGAUGGGUUCUACAAGGAGGUGGGUUCUGCCUUCAUCGGCUCCAGCCCCGAGUUUGAGUUUGGCCUCUACACGUUGUGCUUCCUGGCACGGCCCGGGAGGGCGUGA